AUGGACGAUGUGAAUAUGAGCGACGAUAAUAUUGAAGAAGAACCGAUUGAAGUAGCAUCAUCAACAAAAGCAUUAACAACAACGUCAUCCGGUAAAGUACGAAUAAAAAAAGGAAUUUUUCGUACAGAUUGGUUAUCCAUUAAUGCAUAUUCGUCCUGGUUGCAAGAAAUUAAACAUGAACCAACGAAAGCUCGUUGUAAAGCUUGUCUUAAAACAUUUUCCGUUCAUUCUGAUGGAAAAUCAGCUGUUGAAAAACAUAUGAUUAGUAAUUUACAUAAAAAGUCUAUGAAAUUAUUCGAAAAUAAUUGUUCAUUAGUGCAAUUCAUUACUCCAGAACAUGAACUAGAUAAAAUUGCAGCAGUUGAAUGUGUACUCGUGUUUCAUGGAGUUAAACACGGUCAUAGUUACAAGUCUCAGGCAUGUACAGUUGAUUUAAUUCGAAAUGUAUUUGAAUCAUCAUUAUUGGCAAAGUCAAUUUCAUGUGGUAGAACUAAAGCACGAUCAAUUACAUGUAACAUACUUGGUCCUUAUUUUACAAAAAGAGUUAUUGAUGAUUUAUUAAAUUCACGAUUCUAUUCAUUAUCUAUUGAUGCAUCAAACAAAGGAAAUUGCAAAAUGUUUCCAUUUACAGUUCAAUACUUUUCUGAAAUAGGUGUUAGUCGAGGACUAAUUGAGUUUAUCAGUGAUCCAAAUGAAGCUGCUGUUGAUAUUUUUAAAAAUAUAUGUAAAAUUAUUGAUGAUUAUAAAUUAAAAUUUGAAAAUUUAACUAGUUAUGGUGCCGAUAACACCAAUGUUAAUUUUGGUAAAUAUCACUCGGUAUUCAAAUUAUUAAAAGAUAAAGUACCUCAUCUUUUAAAAGGUAAUUGUUAUUGCCAUGUGCUUCACAAUGGAGUGAAAACUGCACAUGGUGAUUUACCGAUUGAUAUUGAAACAAUCUUAUGUAAGUUAUAUUCUCACUUUUCAAGAUCUGCAAAACGAAUUUCAAACUUGAAGGAAUAUUUUGAAUUUGUGCAAGUUGAUUUUAACGUUUUAUUAAAACACAUAAAUACAAGGUGGUUGAGUUUACUUCGAUCAAUUCAACGUUUACUUGAAACAUUUGAACCAGUGAAAUUAUUUUUUUUAACUCAAGAAACACCAUCAAAUGUACUACGACUUUUAAAAUCUUUCUUUGACAAUGAUGAAGGUCUUUGCAUUUUACAUUUUUUACAAAACGUUCUUUCUGAUAUUCAACAAGCUGAAUUACAAUUACAACGUUCAUAUACAACAGCAGUUGAUCUUUAUUUUAUAAUUACAAGUCUAAUCAAUAAACUACGCCAGAAACUAUCCGAUAAAUAUUAUGGCAACAAUACACGUUUAGUGUUAAAUGAUAUAACAAAAAUCGAUUCAACAAGAAGUGAAGAAAUAAUGAAAGCAUUUGAUGUAUUUAUCAAUACAGUAAUCGGAUAUAUUGAAUCUUAUUUUAAUUAUGAUAGUGAAUUUUAUGAAAAAUUAUCUUUUUUUAAUUCUCAGUCAUUUAAUUUACUAACUUGGAAAAAUGUUAUAGAUGUUGUUGAUUUAAUUCACAUAGAUGAUUUAGAUAUAGAUCAAUUAUAUAGUGAAUUUUGUGAUAUCAAGUGCUUAUAUGAUAAUUUGAAAAAGAAAAGUAUUAAUUUAAGUGAUCAAGUUAAAUCCUAUAUCUCGAGUAAAACAAAUGGUUUUUCGACAACGAGAAUUAACCAUCAAAAUGUUGUAUAUGAUGAUAAUGAUGAUGAAGAAAUUAUUUCAUUAUCAAACAAACAAACUGAAGAUUUUAUCAGAUCAGAUCAAUUAUGGGCAUAUUUAUUAAACAUCAAUCCAUAUUCAAAACCAAAUUUUCAAAAAGUUAUUUGUUAUAUCUUUUCCAUCCCAUGUUCAAAUUCAUAUGUAGAAUCAAUUUUCAGUCACACGAAACAUGUGUGGACAGAUUAUCGUAAUCGAAUGGACAUAGAAUUAAUCAAUGCUGAACUAAUAAUUAGAAUGAAUGGCAAUUAUUCUUGUGAAGGAUUCUAUAAACAUAUAUUAUCACAAACAUCUUUGUUAAAACAAAUUCGAAAAAAUGCAAAAUAUGAAUAA